GAACAAAGAAUUAGAAGCAGUAAUGACUGGGAAAAAAGUUAACGGAAAAACUCUUAAACCUGGAGUAAACUAGAAAUACAUUUUCAGGGGUUAAGCUGAGACCAAACUGAGAGGAAUUAUAUAGAGGUAUUUGUGUGGUGCAGACUGAGAUCCGGGUGAGCCACAGCGGAUUCUUGUUGAGGGAUGCAGAAUGAGUUUGAAACUGAGAGGUUAAAAUGGACAGAGCGGAAGGAAAGUCAGGGGUAGUCCUCCCCCGGAACGUCACCGAUGUGACACCAGGCGGAAGUAAACAAAGGAACGGCGAAUGAGCAGGAAGUGGUCGUGUUGUGGCGUCUGAGCUGAAUCUCUCAGCUGUUUGAGUAACAAUGCCUUCAGUUCAGUAUCUGAGAGAGUUUAUCAACGAGCGGCUAACUGCUGCUGCUGAAGAAAUAUUCACAGAGUUUGAAAAAACGAUCGUCCAGUACGAGGAAGAGAUCGACCGUCAGCGCAGACUGCUGGAUAUCACCUGGAAACCUGAGAUAAAGCUGCUCAGGACAGACCUCCCACAGCAGUAUGACUGUAAGGAGGAGGAGGUUCUCACUGAGGAGCAGCUCUGGAACCAGGAGAGGAUCUCCAGUCUGAACCCAGAGGAACCAGAACCUCCACAGAUUAAAGAGGAACUCUGCAGCAGUCAGGAGGGAGAGCAGCUUGUACUGAAGGAAGAGACUGACAUCUUUAUGGUGACUGGUGCUUAUGAAGAAAGUGACCACAGUGAAGCAGAACCAGACAGGGAGCAGCUCCUCUCUCACAGCUCUAAUACAGUUAUGUUUGAGCAGCAUGUCAGUAAGGAGGAGGAGGAUGUUCUCACUGAGCAGCAGCUCUGGAACCAGGAGAGGAGCUCCAGUCAUGACCCGGAGGAACCAGAACCUCCACAGAUUAAAGAGGACCAGGAGGAACUCUCCAGCAGUCAGCAGGGAGAGCAGCUUGUACUGAAGGAGGAGACUGAUACCUUUAUGGUGACUGCUGUUUAUGAGGAAAGUGACCAUAGUGAAGCAGAACCAGACAGGGAGCAGCUCUUCCCUCACAGCACUGCUGUAGCUGAGAGCCAAGACCAGGAAGGAAGCUAUAAUGUAGUUUUAGGGUCAACUAGAAAUGCAGAGUCAGAUCCAAACAAACAUCACAGAAACCAAAGUCACAGUAACAAUUUAGAAGACUCUUCGAUGUCAGAGAGCCAGCAUAACACUGAUGCUGGUAAAAACUCUGUAAAAUGUGAUAUUUGUGGAAAAUUGUUUAAGAAAAAGUCCAUAAUGAAGGAACAUCACAGAAUCCACACAGGAGAGAAACCAUACACUUGUGAAACUUGUGGGAAAAGUUUUGGUAAAAAUAGUAAUUUGUUGACCCACAUGAAAACUCACACAGGUGAAAAACCGUAUUCAUGUAAAACUUGUGGGAAAUGUUUUACUGUAAGGAGUAAUCUGUUGGCCCACAUCAGAGUCCAUACAGGUGAGAAGCCGUUUCUUUGUAAAACCUGUGGGAAAAGAUUUUCGGACUCAUCUGCACUUAAAAGGCAUAAGGUCGUUCACACAGGGGAGAAACCAUAUUCCUGUCAAACCUGUGGGAAAAGUUUGACUGAAAGUAGUAGUUUGUUGGUCCACAUGAGAAUCCACACAGGUGAGAAGCCGUACCACUGUAAAACAUGUGGGAAAAUGUUCAGACAAAGAAAUCAUUUAUUGGCCCACAUGAAAACUCACAGAGGUCAGAGGUCAUAGAUCUGAAACUUAUAAUAAUGAGUGUAAAGCCAAACUUGAAAAAAGUAUCCACAGAGUUUCACAGUAGAGCUUUCAGAUAUAAAACUGUAGACUCUGCCCCAGUGAGUUUCUUACAUGUUGGACUGUGUGAGAUCAGUUUAAUGAUCUGUUUGCAUCUAUGUUGCUCUGCACAGCCAUUCUGAAGCUUUCAGAUUCUCUGAUGAGACUAAACCAGUUAAUCUCACAGAAGCUCCUCGAGGCUUUCUUCUGUGUCGGAGACACUAAACUUCUUUUUUUCCUCUGACUUCCAUCAUUUUGAUUUGUGUCUUCAACUAAAUGUUACUGAAAAAUGUAUUUUGUGUAUUUUCUGACCUUAGGCCCAGUCUGCAUCAAUUAUCUGUGGAUUGUGAAGUGUGAUGUUAAAGUCUUUGAGUGCUCACUGAAAACUGUGGUUCAUGUUUCACAUUAGUGUUU